CAGCCUCUGGGGUUUGGAGUGAUCACUUUAAAUUGCAAAGGCUGAAUGGGCACUUGCUCCCGUCCGGGUGCAAUGAGCAGAAGAAAAGUCGGGACGGCUUUGCUGAUCUGGUCGCUGAUUCUGAUCAGCCUCACACCGACUGAUGGGGAACCGGCUCUGUCAUCUUCCAGAUACAAUCUCUUUUCCUCCCCUCGGUCCGCUCCUCGGACCUCUGCAAACAGAGCCACGGGGCGCAACAAGAAUCUGUGUGCCUAUGUCGUGCACAAGAACGUGACUUGCUCGGUCGUGGACAGCACAGAGAGUUACACCAAAGCGGAGUAUCAGCCGUGUCCCUGGGAUCAGAUGAACUGUCCGCCAGUCAUGGUCAGAUACACGCGCCCGACAUAUAAGGUUGCAUACAAGGUUGUGACUGAACUGGAGUGGAGAUGUUGCCCUGGUUUUAAGGGUGAAGACUGUAGGGCUGGUCAUUCCACACAGACUGCAGUUUAUCCUUCGUCUUCCACUGCUCCUAGACAAAGAAACCUGAGACCCAAGGACAGGACCGACAGCCAAGAACAGGAAAGUUCAUCCACAGAGGGACAAGGACAGAAAGUUCAACAGCUGGAAUAUGAGGUCCAGCGCCUUAACCAGGUGCUGGAAAAACUUCAAGCUUCAGUAACAGGAAUGAGUGACACUCUGAGACACGACGUCCAGGAAGAUGCCAGUAAAAUGUUUGUGUCGCUAUUGAGCAAUCUACGACUGCCUGGCAGUGCCAUUGGCGUUGAGGCUGUGCAUGUUCCAGGAAGUCAAGACAGAGAAGAGGCUUUUUAUCCAUUCAAGAUGGGUGAAAUGAUGUCCACAAUUACAGAGGUUAAGGAUACAUUAAAGAGCAAGAGUGAUAUGCUGGAUGACCUGCACGGAAUGGUGACAGGACAUGACGGACAAUUGAAACAGCUGAUGGAAGCGGCUCAAGCACCUAUUUCUACCAGCUCUCCAUUUCCCAGUGGAGACUUGUAUCAGGCUUACAUUGAUAGUAAAUUUGAAGCUCUCAGAGAUGAGAUGAUGAUGGGCAUUGACAUGAAAUUUGCAGACCUAAAGAAUUCCUGUGAGUACAAGCUGAUGUCAUUGAAAGAGCAAUGUGAAGAAAAUGUGUCAAACUGUGAGAAAGUGGAGGAAUUGCUCGAUGAAAAGGAGAUUGCAUUGAGAAAGGAGAUCCACGACCUCAGGACCCUCAUACAAGAAUCACCUAGCAAGUCAAGCUGCUGCGCUUCUAUAAACACCUUAAGACAGCAAGUGAGCAACAUGGAUCGAAGGGUCCACAGAAUCGCAGAUGCCAACAGAGUAUUGAAUGCCAGGUUGGAUAAUGAAGUCAAACGAUUCACUGCCGAUACUUUGGAGGACUUAUUUGGUGAGAGGUUAGAGGAGAUAGAUUCCAGGAUAAAUGUAACAGAGAAGAAUGCUGAGGAGCAUUGCUUUUACAUUGAGGACACUCUGAAAGAACGUAUUACAACUGAAAUUGACAAUGUAAAGGAAUUGAUGGACAGGAAACUAAGGUUACUGGCGAAUAAUGAGUUGGUCCCGGCUAGCAAUUCCUCUUUACCUAGAGCAGUAGCUAGUGAAGUGCCACAGUCCUUCCAAAAUGAGCGGACUUACAAUGAUUGGAUCAAGAAUGGGAUGGAGCAUCUUGAGAGCAAGUUGCAGAAGAUAGAAAACUUGUGUCUCACUGGAUGUUCCUUACCAACGAAUGAGUUGGAGACCAUCAGAAGCGAUAUGGAAAUCUGCAGAAACGACUAUGAGGACUUACUGGUUAAAACUGAAGCCAACUCCAUUCUGCUAAAAUCUCUGAACAGCACAGUCCACGAGGGUCUGAGGAAGGCACAAAAAAAUGAAGAAGACUUAGAAGUGAUGGAAGGCAAACUCAGCUCGCUUACAAACACUGUGGAGCAGUCUGUAAAAAUGCGGCUGCACGCUCUAGACAAGCGUACUCAAGCACUCGCAAAUGUCAAUUCUACAUUGAAGAAGAACGAAAAUGAGCUCCUGGGGAGGAUAUACGAACUUCAAGAAAUGGUCAAAAAUCUAGAGUUCCGGCUGAAGCAGAAUAGCAGCCAGUUAGCUGGGGUGAAGGAACAAAUGGAACAAUUGUCUAGUAAGAUAGCUAAUGACAUGACUAAAUGUAAGGACAGUACCCAGGGGAUCCAGAGAGAAGUCUCAGGUGUUGACAACAGGCUGGUACACAUUGAAAAUAUGUGCAGUAAGCUGGACGGUAUCUCUGGUAGCCUCCAGCGGAUUAAGGACGGUCUGAACAGACAUGUCAGCAGCCUUUGGAACUGUGUGCGUCAGAUGAAUGAAACAGUCAGGUCAAACUCGAAAGAUAUUGUCGUGCUGAAGAAUUCUGUUCAUCAAUUCCACAGUCAGGUCGCUAAAGCCGCUGCUAGCAUUGAAGAUGAACUUAAAGUUCAGCCUCUCCCAGUGGAAAGAGGCCACGCUGGAAGUCCAAGCCAUGUCAAGCCACCAAGACUUCCUACCAUGACUGGAAUUCACAAUGGGGUCUUCCAGGAGGUGGGUUACGCAGGUCCACCAGGAUCAAUGGUACCAGGAAAUAAUGGCAAACCUCAUGGAACAAACGGAAAACAACUGAAAGGCAGAUUAAUGAGAACAUCAACUUCUGGCCAACCACAUGGUACCAAUGGAGAAAGUGUGAUGUAUAUGAAAGGUGAUGCAGGGGCACCUGGAAAUAUGCCUUUGGGAAACCCAAGAAUUACAGAAAGGUCUGCUAGCAGAAGGAAACAUGUGUCCUUUUCUGUGGGACUGACUGAAAAACCUUUUCCUGGGAAUGUAGGAGUGAUUGUAUUCAACAAAGUUCUGGUCAAUGAUGGAGGCCACUACAAUACAAAGACAGGUAUAUUUACGGCUCCGUUUGCGGGACAGUAUCUCAUCACCGCAGUCCUGGCUCCUCAGAGGGAAGAGCGAGUUGAAGCGUUCCUGUCUGUGUCCAACGAAGGUAUCAUUCAUAUGGACACAUCUGGCUACCAGGUUGAAGUGCUGGAAUUUCACAAGCCCUUUAUGGGCCAGCAGAUCUGUGGAGGGAUAGGUACCUUCAACCUGAUCCUGAACCUGAAAGCUGGAGAUGAAGUGAGUGUUGUGCUGAUCGAUGGUAAACUGGUGGACACGCACGACAUGUAUUCAACGUUCAGUGGGACUCUCCUGUAUGAAACACCCUCUCGCAGCUAGCCAACAGGAAAGACAGGCAAACGUGAUGCAGCAUUUU